GAUUGCAAUCGUCUAUCGACGGCAGCAUUGUUUACAUUCGUGAUUUGUCGCUUUCAGAAUCCCUUUAUCUCCCUUUAUCAGCGUCGCACGGCAACGAAGAUUACGUCCCACGAAAGUCACAUUGUCAGCGAGAUGGCCCUCUCGAUCUUCAAAGACUUGCCGGCGGAGCAUCCCCGCCAUCUGAUUCCCUCGCUAUGCAGGCAGUUCUAUCAUUUGGGAUGGGUGACCGGCACAGGAGGCGGCAUGAGCAUCAAGUACAACGAUGAGAUCUACAUAGCACCGUCGGGCGUCCAGAAGGAGCGAAUGCAGCCGGAGGAUCUGUUCGUGCAGGAUAUAACCGGCAAGGAUCUGCAACUGCCGCCUGAGAUCAAGGGCCUGAAGAAGAGCCAAUGCACGCCGCUCUUCAUGCUGGCCUAUCAGCAUCGGCAGGCGGGAGCCGUCAUCCACACCCAUUCGCAGCACGCCGUAAUGGCCACGCUCCUGUGGCCAGGGAAAACCUUCCGCUGCACGCACUUGGAGAUGAUCAAGGGCGUCUACGAUGAGGCGGACAAGCGAUAUUUGCGCUACGACGAGGAGCUCGUCGUACCGAUCAUCGAGAAUACACCCUUUGAACGCGACCUGGCCGACAGCAUGUACGCCGCCAUGAUGGAGUAUCCGGGCUGCAGUGCCAUCCUGGUUCGACGACACGGCGUCUACGUUUGGGGACAGAACUGGGAGAAGGCCAAAACCAUGUCGGAAUGCUAUGACUAUCUCUUCUCCAUUGCCGUGGAAAUGAAGAAGGCUGGAAUCGAUCCGGAGAAGUUCGAGAGCUCAUAAGGAAGUGAAGCUGAUAAGCACGCACAUGCUACUCGUCGUUUAACCCUAUAAAUUGUUGCAUUUACUAACUGAAAUAGUUAAUGCUAAAUAAUAGUACUGAAUAAUGCUUGCGUUUUAUGAACAGUA